CAACAAGUCCCCUUCCCCCGCCGGCUCCUGCCGCCGCCGCCGCUCUCCAGGCUGCGGGAAUCACAAAAGAAAGCUUCGCAAGUCGGGUGUUGUUGCGGACUUGAAAAGCCCGGGCAGAAGGGACCGAGCGAGCGCUCGGAGGCCGGGAGAGGAGCGGGGAAGACGACCGACCCCGCUCGAAUCCAACGAGUCGCCCAGAGAGACUUUUUGAGAGCGUUUUGGCGGCUGAGGCGAGAGAGAGAGAGAUUAUAAUCCCUGACGAAAUAGAAAGAAAAGAGAGAGAAGAAGAAGAAAAAGAAGAAAAGAAAGUUAAAAGGAGCGGGAAGAAAAGAAAGACGAAGCACCUUGUGGGAGGAAUGGUUGCCGCAGCGGGACAGGCUCUCUACAACCGCCGCCUUCGCUCUUGCUGAGGAGGGGAUUUAAGUUGAGAGCUACAUGACCGCGCCGAGCGGGGACUCACCAGCACCAUGCGAGCACAAAUUGAAGUGAUACCAUGCAAAAUUUGUGGCGACAAGUCCUCUGGAAUACACUAUGGGGUCAUCACCUGUGAAGGCUGCAAGGGAUUCUUCAGGAGGAGUCAGCAAAACAAUGCCUCAUAUUCCUGCCCAAGGCAGAGAAACUGUUUAAUUGACAGAACCAACAGAAAUCGCUGCCAACACUGCCGACUGCAGAAGUGUCUUGCCCUGGGAAUGUCUCGAGAUGCUGUAAAGUUUGGAAGAAUGUCCAAAAAGCAGAGGGACAGUCUCUAUGCUGAGGUACAGAAACAUCAGCAGCGGCUGCAGGAGCAGCGCCAGCAACAGAGCGGCGAGGCUGAAGCCUUGGCCCGAGUCUACAGCAGUAGCAUCAGCAAUGGCUUAAGCAACCUGAACAAUGAAACGGAUGGCACUUAUUCAAAUGGGCACAUUAUUGACCUGCCGAAGUCCGAGGGUUAUUACAGUGUGGAUUCUGCUCAGCCCUCCCCAGAUCAGUCUGGCUUAGACAUGACUGGAAUCAAACAGAUCAAGCAAGAACCUAUUUAUGACCUCACUUCCGUACCAAACUUGUUUACCUAUAGCUUUUGCAACAACGGACAAUUAGCUCCAGGGAUAACCAUGGCAGAAAUAGAUCGAAUUGCACAGAAUAUAAUUAAGUCCCAUUUGGAGACGUGUCAGUAUACAUUGGAGGAACUACAUCAGCUAGCCUGGCAAACCCACACAUAUGAAGAAAUCAAAAUAUACCAGAACAAGUCAAGAGAAGCAUUAUGGCAGCAGUGCGCAAUCCAGAUCACACAUGCAAUUCAGUAUGUGGUGGAAUUUGCAAAACGGAUAUCGGGCUUCAUGGAACUCUGUCAGAAUGAUCAGAUUCUACUUCUCAAAUCAGGCUGCUUGGAAGUUGUUCUAGUGAGAAUGUGUCGUGCCUUCAACCCACUCAACAACACCGUCUUGUUUGAAGGAAAAUAUGGAGGAAUGCAAAUGUUCAAGGCUUUGGGUUCUGAUGACCUUGUGAAUGAAGCAUUUGACUUUGCAAAGAACUUGUGUUCUUUGCAGCUGACCGAGGAAGAAAUUGCCUUGUUUUCAUCUGCUGUUCUGAUAUCACCAGAUCGAGCUUGGCUUUUAGAACCAAGGAAGGUCCAGAAACUUCAGGAAAAGAUUUAUUUUGCACUUCAACAUGUGAUUCAGAAGAAUCAUCUUGAUGAUGAGACUUUGGCAAAGUUAGUAGCCAAGACACCAACCAUUACUGCACUUUGCAACCUGCAUGGAGAAAAACUGCAGGUAUUUAAACAAUCUCAUCCUGAUAUAGUGAACACACUUUUUCCUCCGUUAUACAAGGAACUGUUCAAUCCAGAUUCUACCACUGGUUGCAAGUGAAGGGAAAGUGAAAGCUCCUGGAACGCAUCGCUGAUCAGGCAAAGGAAUUGUUGUCAUGAAGACUUUCUUUAAAACUUGUCACUACUGCAAACCUAGGAAUGUCCUGCACUUAAUAGAAUUAUUUUUCACCGCUACAGUUUGAAGAAUGUAAAUAUGCACUCCUGACUGGAGCCUCUUUGGUUUCUCUUCUUUUUGUUAAUUUUUUUUCCUUUGUUUAAUUUUUAACUGACCAGAAAAUUGCAAGUAUAGAAUACUGAGUGUGAUCUUUAUUGUUUAUUUUUAUUUUAUUGGGGCUAUGCUCUGGGAGACCACUGUUUAUAGAUGUUUAUUGUAGAUAUAAAAGAAAGCAGAGGAGUAAUUUGCAACAUUACUCUGUUUAGUCAAAUAUAAUUUAAGGAAAAUCCACUAAACUAGGCUUACCUACUUUCUAUGUUUUAGCUAGUUAAAUGCAUGUGGCAAUUUGUAGCUGUCUUGGAAACAGGUGUGUAUGUUUAUGCAAAAAGUCAUGGACUUUCCCUUUGUGUGCGCGGCAUCAAUGCAUUGAGGGCUUCAUACAGACUUUAAAAGACCCUGCUUUCCCUGAAUUCUUGACACAAGAGUGGACAAAGCACAUUUCAAAGCAGUAGAGUGAGUAUUUCAUGUCUUGCCCUAUUGCUUUUUCCCUACUCACUAUACAAAGAUGGUUGGGGACUGUCCAUUACCCUAUGUAUUAACCUGGGGAGGGAGGGGGAAUAAGGGAAAAUCUAGAAUAUUGAAAUCCCAUAUGGAUUCUCUGACACAUGGGGAAACUUCAUGUCCUAUUUGUAUAUGAGCAGUAUAUAUCAGGGAAGGCCAACAUUCAUACUUUUCAACCUGUUCUACCCUUUAGACCAGUGGUUCUCAACCUGUGGGUUGCGACCCCUUUGGGGGUCGAACGACCCUUUCACAGGGGUUGU